AUGUCCUCGCCCUCCAAGCCAUUCGACAUCCCCAGCCCGCGCCGUGGUCAGCUCGUCCACCCCAAUGCCACCCCUCCGGUCGCUGGCACCCCGAACUUUGGCACUGGUCUCUCAGCCUCUCCCAGUCCACGCUUCCUCCGUGCACAGUACACCGGCACGCCUCCUCUGCCCAACAUCCCUCCCAGGUCCGGUGCUACACCGAUAGGAACUCCCAGCUCUACUGCACCCUUCCUUCCCGGUCCCUCCGCCGAGGCCUCUUCCUCCAACCCAGCCUUCCUCCUCCGUCCAGGGUCCGGUACUCCCGGAAGCGAUGCAAAUCCAUUCGAUGACUUGACCGACGAGGAGAAGGCAAGGAUUCUUCGCCGCCACCUCGUCUCUCGCGACCAGCGCCAGAACAACAGGCCAGUCACCCCUGACAUUCCUCCCUCGGCUUCCUCCCAACAUGGAUCACAGUCGGGCAACCUCUCCCAUCGCUCAUCGGCAUCUCACAUCCGGCUACAGCGAGAAGACACAGAGCCCUUCCCAGUACCCUAUGAUGCUCAUGGUGCAGACAUAACCCACAGCAUCUAUAAGUGGCAAGCUGACAAGCGCAGGCAAGCAGCCCGUCCUCGCUCUGCUUCAUUCGCUGGCUCGACAAAUACGCAACCCCUUCACCCUGCCUUGGAACAUAUACACGAGCCCGGAGGGUUCCGUCGCACUUAUGUGGCGCUCAAUGACCCUGAACGCGCCUCUAACGGCCCAAUGGCCCGCAACUUCAUAGAGUUUUUGUACAUCUUCGGCCACUUCGCAGGUGAAGAUCUUGAGGAGAUUGACGAAGAAGACGAAGCAGACCUUGUGGACGAGGAGGCUCUGCCGAACGAAAGCUCUCCGUUCUUGCAGGGAGGCACAUAUGGAACACACGCCACACCGUCAUACGGGGGCCGAGAUUCGUCGAACGCUAACAAGACUUCUGAGCGUUCCCCUCUGCUUGAACGCUCCAGCGCAAACCGAUCUCGUUCAAGGCGGCGCGCUGCAAGCGUCGGGCCGCAUGGUGAUGCCACCGUGACCGAUGCCGUCCUCAUGCUUUUGAAAGCCUUCGUUGGUACUGGGAUCCUCUUCUUGGGCAAAGCUUUCUUCAACGGUGGCAUACUUUUUUCCAGUGCUGUCUUGACGUUCAUUGCUCUGGUGUCAUUACAUUCAUUUUUGUUGCUCGUUAAAACGAAGUUUGUCGUGUCAGGCAGUUUUGGCGAUAUCGGCGGAGCUUUGUACGGGCCUUGGAUGCGCUACGCCAUCUUGGCUUCCAUCACGAUCUCUCAGCUCGGUUUCGUCUCGGCCUACAUAAUCUUCGUCUCUGAGAACCUCCAGUCAUUCGUUUUGGCUAUCACCAACUGUGCAAAGCUCCUCGGCAUACAGUAUUUCAUCUUGCUCCAGAUGAUCAUUUUCCUGCCGCUUGCGCUCAUCCGCAAUCUCGCAAAGCUUAGCACCACGGCACUGAUCGCCGACGUCUUCAUCCUGGCUGGACUCAUCUACAUCUUCGGAAGCGAAGCUAAGAUCAUAGCCCACAACGGCAUCGCACAUGUCGAGCUUUUCAACCCGAAAGACUGGCCACUCUUGAUUGGAACCGCCGUUUUCUCCUUCGAGGGGAUUGGUCUGGUCAUCCCUGUCACAGACGCUAUGAGGGAACCCCGCAAGUUCCCCGCCGUGUUGACCGGGGUAAUGCUCUUCCUGAUGGUUCUCUUCUGUGGCGGCGGCGUGAUGUCGUACCUCACGUUUGGCGCGGAUGUUCAGACCGUUGUUAUCGUCAACCUCGACACCACCAGUCGGUUCACGCAAGUGGUCCAGUUCUUCUAUUCCCUCGCUAUCUUGCUCUCCGUACCUCUCCAGCUCUUCCCGGCUGUGCGCAUCAUGGAGAACGGCCUCUUUGAGCGUAGCGGCAAGGGCAACGUCUUCGUCAAGUGGCAGAAGAACAUCUUCCGGUUCUUCGUCGUCGCCUUCUGCGCUGUGCUCUCCUACUUCGGCGCUGCGGACCUAGACAAGUUCGUCUCGUUCAUCGGCAGCUUCGCCUGUGUGCCGCUGUGCUACGUCUACCCUGCGAUGCUGCACUACAAGGCCUGCGCCCGCACGCGUAAGGAGAAGCUCGCGGAUAUCGCCCUCAUGGUCUUCGGGAUGAUCGCAGCCGCAUACACCACCAUCCAGACCGUUCGCCUGAUGAGCGCGCCCGCCUCGGCCGCGCCCCCUGUCCUGGGCCAGUGCGGCCAGUCCCCCGAGGAGCCCUUCCGCGGUCUGUUGUAA